CGCGUGCACCUCCGAGAUCGGCGACCGGCUACACGCCGCCCCGCUCGCGUCUCUUUCUCUAGCUGUUGCGGGCAUCGCGGAGUAUCGCGUCACCACGAAGAGAGGUGAUCAGUCGCACGCACGAAGCUUCCGAGGGCUCUUAUAAAUCUCAUUCGAGCGGACGCGAAAUUCGGCGCUUCGCCAACAGCAGCGUCCGCAAAUCGCGGAAUUGGCCGGAAUUGUGCGCCUGGGACUUUAAACGUUCGAUCCCGACCGAUCGAUGUGGUAACGUUUCGUUCAUCUGUCACUCUCUCGAAGGAAGACCAAGUAAACUUGACAACUACUUCCGGAUUCACUUGGGUAUCGACUCAAGAAAAUAAGACCGCGGUUGCAUCGAGCAAUUGAAGGUUACGCCGACGAAAAGAUCGCUCAAGAUCGUUUACUGCGAUUCACUGUGAGAGACGAUCUCUCGGCUUAGAGGGCUACAUUUAGCCGCACAAUUAUAAUUACAGUGAUACGAGUAUACUGUUCCACCGUGGACGCCAACGCGGCAUGCAGUUACGCAUUUACAUCCUAGCCUGUCUCCUAUUGAAGGGGCUGGCUCGAGCCGAAGAAGUAGAGGUCGUUGAGGCGAUUUCCGGGGAGGAUAAUCGGAGUGAAAAUUCGGCGCUGAAUCGCCAGGACAACGAGUUAAGUAAUUCCGAUCAAUUGGCACUUGAUUCGAUAGCGGAUAAGGAUGCGGGAGGAAAUCAUUAUAAGCCAGGUGCUCUCCGGGGCCAUCCUCUGUUACCACCGGGCCGAGGUGCGCUAAGUCUGCCACGUCCGCAUCACAACGUUGCUUAUCACGGUCCGCCGCCGCCCUUGCCACCUUCCAAAGCGCAACCGGAAGCAAUGGAUAAGAUUUAUACGACCGGCGCUGGUAUUAGCACUGCGGUUGGCGUCGAACCUUGGCCGGUGGCAACGCCUGACAUGCCGAAAAUCGUGUCGCUGGACGUAAAGUGUGAGAAGAAUCUGAUGAAGGUUUAUUUGGGCUUCGACAAGCCGUUUUACGGCAUUGUCUUCAGCAAGGGUCACUAUAGCAACGUAAAUUGCGUUCACCUGCCGGCAGGAUUGGGUCGCACAUCCGUCAACUUCGAAAUCAGCAUACACGCUGGCACAGCCGGUAACACGGAGAACGGAUUAUACGGAUAUGGUGCCGAGUCUGGUUCCGGGACGUAUUUCGAGAACAUCAUAGUAGUGCAGUACGAUCCCCAGGUGCAGGAGGUCUGGGAUCAAGCGCGCAAGCUGCGCUGCACCUGGCACGAUCUGUACGAGAAGUCGGUCACCUUCCGUCCGUUCCCCGUCGAUAUGCUGGACGUGGUACGCGCAGACUUUGCCGGUGACAACGUGGGAUGCUGGAUGCAGAUACAGGUGGGAAAGGGACCGUGGGCCUCUGAGGUCUCGGGACUUGUCAAGAUCGGUCAGACUAUGACGAUGGUGCUUGCGAUCAAGGACGAUGAUUCCAAGUUUGACAUGCUCGUGAGGAACUGCAUGGCGCACGACGGUAAACGCGCGCCGAUACAGCUAGUGGAUCAGCGCGGUUGCAUAACGCGGCCUAAACUUAUGUCCCGAUUCACCAAAAUCAAGAACUUUGGCGCCUCGGCGUCGGUGCUGUCGUAUGCCCAUUUUCAGGCGUUUAAAUUCCCGGAUUCCAUGGAAGUUCACUUCCAAUGCACCAUACAAAUCUGUCGAUAUCAGUGCCCGGAACAGUGCUCGGAAUCGUCGCCGUUCCUGGACGGUCAAGGUCUUUUAGAGAAUCAUCCCCAUCAUCACGCAUCGAUAAACGGGCAUCCCGAUGUUGGAUACGGUUUACCGCCUCCGAUCCCGCUGCCAUUGGAGGCCUAUUUACAGGCGGCGGCCGGACAGCCUCGGGACGAAAGAAGAAGGAAGUCCCGCGAAAUUUCGCAUAAUCCGCAGAAGGCUGUCGGUGUGAAUCGAAUCAUCCGGGUAGUCUCCACCGGCGACUUGACCUUUUCCAUCGACGAGGGCAAUAACAGCGGCGAGCAGCUGUUGAACGGCGGGCCGACGAUGGUAUUUCCGCAACGUGUUCACGAGAACUCAGCUAGCUCGACCAUGAUCUGCAUGACCACUCCCGGAUUCGCGAUUACUCUCAUCGUAUUACUUGCUAUUCUACUUUCUUCGUGCGUGCUGUCGGCCUACCUUUUCAUGCGUCUCAGGCCCUUCUCAGCGAGGGCUAAGAAAUCCAACGUCGCCGAGCAGAACAACGGCGUAACGAAGAAAUCUUCGAGAACGUGCUUCUAUUCAUAGAGAUACCCUCACGAAAUUGCCGCGUGUUCACCCUGAAUAAUUCUAUCGCGAUCCCGAUAUCCGCGCCGGAAGAAAGACCGUCAAAUUGCACGGCUCUCUUCUCGGAAGAACCGGUUUACGCGAUAUCGUUGAAACCGUCGUUGGAGGUCAGUACGUCCGUAGAACGAAUGCGGUCGCGCGGAGGAAAAAGGAAAUUGGUCUCGGUCGCCACGUCGCGCCAGGCUGAUAAAUUAGCGGUAAACGGGUAGAAGAAUCACGUUCGUGCUCUUUUUUUUUUUUAAUACUUUUGGCCAUUAACUGACAGUAUUUUUCCAUAUGUACACUCGUACGCAGAAUUUCUCAAUAAAACGGGUUUUCUUCUGCAAGAAAAGCUUUGCAUGAACUGGUCUUCGAAAUCGUGAAUCUUCAGGUUUCGUAGAGGCUAUUGAGUGUCGCAGGCACGAUUCUACGUGAAGUUUUUUUUUCGGAACGGGAUAUCAGAAACGAUAUUGUCUUAAUAUAACGCUACAUUAAAGUACUCGUAUCAUUCGGUAUCGCGGCCUCCACGUAGAGUCAUGCUUCGUCAUAAUGAAACUUAAGCUCAGGCCUAUAUAGGCAAACAUAGGCGAUAUACGCCGAAAAUUUAGUCAAAGAUAAUCAAAUCUACUUCUGCGUUUAUUACCUAUGUAUGUAUUUGUGUAUUUAGUCUCUUCUUUUGUUUCUCGGUAUUUGGGACUCUAUCAUUUAAUAAAUCGUUGCUCAACAAUGUGACUGGGUAACAAAAAGGCUGAAUUUUCGCGAAAAUAGCCUAUAACACAGCGUUUA